AUGAGAGGGGAUUUUAGCAGCAAGUCACGUGAACAAAGCAACAUUAUAAUAAUAUCACAUCAUCACGUGAAGGACAGGGAGAAACAAAAGGUAUGGGGCGGCACAUGCAAGACGGCAGGAGAAACAACUGUGAAGAGACAUUACAGAGGCGUAACACAAAGACCAUGGGGAAAAUGGGCAGCCGAGAUACGCGACCCUAACAAAGGGGCCCAUGUUUGGUUGGGCACAUUUGAAACAGCCGAGGCUGCAGCCGCGGCUUAUGAUCAAGCCGCACGUAAGUUCAAAGGGGCAAAGGCCAAACUCAACUUCCCAGAGCGUGUUUAA